GUUCCUAUGACUCAAUCCCUAUAAGAUUCUGCACUAAGCCGAGUUGAUUUUAAGUGUCACUUAACUGAAAUUAUGCAACAAACCUUCGUGGCAUUAAACAUUAACAUGGCUCUUUUUAUAUGGCAUGGUUCAUUAUCAUGCCAAUAAAUGAUUAAUCUUAACUCUCUGUCUUGACCAAUAAUUUCGCUGAAUGUUUAUGAUCCACAAUGUGUUCUGUGUUGUAAUGUUACCUCUCGAAACUGACAUACUAGCAUUUAUUGUUUUUUAUUACUUCCCUAAGGUGGCUUUCAAAAGAGACACCAAGUGACAUAUUUUUAGGAGGGCUUUAAAAGUUUGAUGGGGUGGAAGUAAACACUGCUUAUCUCAACUGGCAGCAGAGCCAGGGCCCAGGGACCAGCACUUCUGUGGACCCAGCCUGUUGAGAAGCAGUCCCAGCAAUGAGUUACCGGAACAUCUGUGUGGACAAUGCAACAGUUUGCUCCGGCGCAUCCUGUGUGGUACCUGAGAGCAAUUUCAAUAACAUUCUAAGUGUGGUCCUGAGUACCGUGCUGACCGUCCUGUUGGCCCUGGUGAUGUUCUCCAUGGGAUGCAACGUGGAAGUCAAGAAAUUUCUAGGACACAUAAAGCGGCCGUGGGGCAUCUGUGUUGGCUUCCUCUGUCAGUUUGGAAUCAUGCCCCUCAUGGGAUUCAUCCUGUCAGUGGCCUUUGACGUCCUCCCCGUCCAGGCCGUGGUGGUGCUCAUUAUGGGAUGCUGCCCAGGAGGAACUGCCUCCAAUAUCUUGGCCUAUUGGGUUGACGGCGACAUGGACCUGAGCGUCAGCAUGACCACAUGCUCCACACUGCUUGCCCUUGGAAUGAUGCCGCUGUGCCUCCUUAUCUAUACCAAAAUGUGGGUUGACUCUGGGAGCAUCGUAAUUCCCUAUGAUAACAUAGGUACCUCUCUGGUUGCUCUUGUUGUUCCUGUUUCCAUUGGAAUGUUUGUUAAUCACAAAUGGCCCCAAAAAGCAAAGAUCAUACUUAAAAUUGGGUCCAUCGCGGGCGCCAUCCUCAUCGUGCUCAUAGCUGUGGUUGGAGGCAUACUGUACCAAAGCGCCUGGAUCAUCCAUCCUAAUCUGUGGAUUAUAGGGACAAUAUUUCCUGUGGCAGGUUACACCCUGGGGUUUCUUCUGGCUAGAAUCGCUGGUCAACCCUGGCACAGGUGCCGAACGGUUGCUUUUGAAACGGGGAUGCAGAACACGCAGCUGUGUUCCACCAUCGUUCAGCUCUCCUUCACUCCUGAGGAGCUCAAUGUCGUCUUCACCUUCCCCCUCAUCUACAGCAUUUUCCAGCUCGCCUUUGCCGCAAUAUUUGUAGGAGUUUAUGUGGCAUAUAAGAAAUGUCAUGGGAAAAAUAAGGAAGAACUUCCAGAGAGCAAAGAAAAUGAAACAGAGCCUGAGUCACUGUCUUAUAAGACGAAUGGAGGAUUUCAGUUGGAUGAAAAGUAGAUACCAAACGGACAAAAAAGACAAGUUCUAAAUUACAUUCUUAAACCAUAACUAUAUUUAAUUAUGUUUUGGUAGGAUAACUGGCAAAAAAGAGUUAAAGUAAAAAUUUGAAUUUCAUUUGAAUUCAUGUAUUGGUUUCAAUACCAAGUGACUGGUGGUCCAAUUCUCUAAUGGACAAAUAUUGCUUCAUAUAUAUAUGCUUUGUAUAUGUAUAUAUACUCAUAUACACAUAUUGUCAUUGAAAUAUUCCUCCAAAAUAUUCUUAGACUAAACCUGACAUAGGUAACACUGAGAAUGAGAACAUUGUAACACCAAAACUUAAUUCUUACACAGAAUCUCCUAGCCCAGAGAUGAGGACUUGACUUUCUAUAUGUUAAAAUAGAUAUAAUGAAUUAUUAUUAUAGUGGUCAAGAUUUUCUUCAGUAUUUAUGAUUGUAAAAAUUGCCAUGAACAUCUUUCACUGACAUUUUAAUCAUUAUUUGAAAACUUUGCAACCUAUUUAUUUAUAUAACUUUGUAAUAUAACAUGGGGAAAUAUCUGACUUCUGUAUUUUUUAAAAAAUUGCCUUCUCCAUUGACAGUUCAAAAGCAGAAAUGAGAGGAAAUUAUUACAAAGUGAAUUCAAUAGGG